AUGUCCGACAACAUUCAAAUUACACAACCUAACCUUAACGACGCCUUCAAGUACGUUAGUCAAAUCAAACAGCUGUUUAAAGAUGAACCCUCAAAUUACGAUUAUUUUGUAUCAUCUCUGUCCUCUUGUCUUCAAGCAAAGAUUGAUGAACGAACGUUAGUCCUGCGAAUGGAGAAUCUAUUUCAAAGUUAUCCAGAAAUGCGGAACGAAUUCUAUUGGUAUUGUUCUCCAGGAUGGAAUGCGCAUAGAGGAGACGAAAACAUUGAGAAUAAACAUGAAGGUAGUAACGAUAUCAGUGGUGAGGUGCCAAUAAUAAACUAUCAUAAUAAUAGUCAGAUAAUUCUUAAAAAGGAAGGGGAUAUUACAUGCUGUGAAAACAGUAGUAAUAAUUGUGUGCGUUGUAUAAUAACGAAAUCACCUGUUAAAAAUAGUAUAAUUUUACAAGAGUUGGGUAGUGAUGAUGAUACAUAUAAAACGCCUGUCACAACACUUACGUUUACACCAACUUCACCAUCAGCGAAUAUUGUGACACAUCUUGCGGAUCAAGUGACAAAUGAGCAAGAUCAAAUAGAUGAGAACAGGCCGAGAAUUCCUGCGAAGCGUCAAAGUGAUUCAUUCAAGCAUAUCCGUGACCCUCUUGUCCGCGAAUUCAGUAACCUUUCUGAUUCAGCCCAAUCUCCUAAUAAUUCGCCAAUCAAUAAUAACAACAAUAUUGUUAUCAAUGCCGGCACGUCAUAUCCAUCAUUCUGUAAAUACACUGGGGACAAUUCAACAACUGAGAUAGAUCACAUUCAACAAUCAUUUGAUAGCAUGUCACAUAUUGCCCAGAAAGAAUUAUCAUCACCUCAAAAUAGUCAACUUUCAUCAUCAGUCGACACAGAAUCAUUAAAUGAUAAGGAUAGUUGGCAGCCACCGAAACAAACCGCAGUCGAGACAUCGAUGUCACCAAAUGAAGCAACACCAGCAGGACAAAGAUUACGAAGGAGCACGAGAACUCGUAAACCAAGUCAAAAAGCAUUAGAAAGCGGUUAUUGA